AUGCAGUACACACCUUUUGCUUCCGAUAUCGAACUGCCAUUCUAUACUUCACUGGCUUCUCAUAAGAUCGACCAUGACAAACUAGAUGACUCCGCCCGGCCCGUUCUGGGUCUCUACGAGAUCCGCCCCUCCGACCCUGAGGCAGCAUCAUGUCGGAUCCAAAUUCAUGGGAAUGCACUAACUGGCGGCGAAGCCCCCGCUGACGAUGAUGAGACCAAGAGCACUCAGCAAGAUAUGUCAGUCAGCAAUCGCUGGGAGAUUGCGACACUUUCCGAGUACGAAACCGGGUUCUUUGAGCACGUCGCCGCUGGAGACCGGUAUAUCUGUUUCUCUGAUCCAUCAAAUUAUGACCUAGCUCCAGGUUGGAUGCUAAGAAACCUGCUCGUUCUUGUGAAACAGCGGUGGGGCCUCGAGCGGGUGCAGAUUCUGCGAUAUCGCGACGUGCAUGCGAGGCGUGAUCAGGGCCGUAGUACAGUCAUCCAGCUAGUAUCAGUCUCAAAAGAUGAGCGCGCACCUCCGACUUCACUGCAAAACCAAGGAUCAUUGCCGCUGCCAAAGGUGACCGGCUGGGAACGCAACCCGAAUGGGAAACUGUCAGGAAGGAUCGUCAAUCUCACAGAGUACAUGGAUCCCAAGAGAUUAGCGGAUCAGUCGGUCGAUCUCAACCUCAAACUCAUCAAGUGGCGGAUCAGCCCAACGCUCGAUCUUGAAAAAAUCAAGCACACCAAAUGUCUCUUGUUAGGAGCAGGUACCCUGGGCAGCUAUGUCUCCCGAAACCUGUUGGGCUGGGGUGUCAAGAAGAUUACAUUUGUCGACAAUGGGACCGUCUCAUUUUCUAAUCCAGUUCGACAGCCGCUGUUCAAUUUCGAAGACUGCUUGAACGGUGGAGCACAAAAAGCACACCGAGCAUCCGAAGCCCUGAUUCAAAUCUACCCCGGAGUUGAGACUGUAGGUCAUGCGCUCUCAGUGCCUAUGGCGGGUCAUCCCAUCGUGGACGAAGUGGCGACAAAGGGCGCCUUCGAUACUCUCAGAACUUUAAUUGACGAGCAUGAUGCUAUCUUCAUUUUGAUGGACACUCGAGAAUCACGAUGGCUGCCUACAGUGAUGGGGAAAGCCGCAGGGAAGAUCGUGAUGAACGCAGCCUUAGGUUUUGAUUCCUUUGUGGUGAUGCGGCACGGCAUCGCAAAGGAUGACAAUAUGCCAGCUGAGCUUGGAUGCUAUUUCUGCAACGACGUUGUAGCGCCGGCUAAUUCUAUCAAGGAUCAGACUCUCGACCAACAAUGUACAGUGACGCGCCCUGGAGCGGCUCCCAUAGCCUCCGCGCUUUUGGUGGAGCUCUUUGUGUCGCUUCUUCAACACCAGCAAGGCGCCGCCGCGCCAGCCCCUCUCUCCCACAACACCGAGAGUGAUGAUCACCCCCUGGGUGUUGUGCCCCAUCAGAUUCGGGGAUUCCUAUCCACUUUUGAAAACUUAUCGGUCACUGGCAAAAGUUAUUCUAGCUGCAGUGCAUGCUCGGAUAAAGUUGUCAAUGCAUACCACGAGCAGGGUUGGGACUUUGUACGGAGAGCUCUGAAUGAACAGGGCUAUGUGGAAGAACUGAGUGGACUGAAAGAGGUUCACGAAAAGGCGGAAGCGGCACUAGCCGAUAUUGAGUGGGAUGAAACAUCCGACAAUGGAGAGAUCGAAAUGCUUUAG